CUCAGCUAAUUAUCCAACAUUGUGGUAUCAGAGCCUCUGCAAAACUAGAUCAAGAGAGUGUGAGAUUGGGGUGGGAAAGUUGAGAGUUCUUGGUGAGUUUUUGUUUGUCUCUUGUUUGGUGAGUAAAAACACGAGAGGCAGUGAGGAAAUCCAAGUACUGUAUGUGAGCAAAGAAAUCAUGGGCGAUUUUGCUCAAAUGUUCAUUCCCAAGUUUGAUGGAGACUAUGAUCACUGGAGUCUUCUUAUGGAAAAUCUGUUGAGGUCCAAAGAGUAUUGGACCGUUGUGUGUGAAGGAUAUAAAGAGCCCUCACCUGGAGUAAAGCUUUCUGCGGAUCAAUUGAAGGCACCAGAGGAGACUAAGUUGAAGAAUUUCAAGGUAAAGAAUUAUUUGUUUAAUAGUAUUGAUAAGACCAUUCUAAAAACCAUUGCUCAGAAGUCCACUGCCAAGGAACUUUGGGAAUCAAUGAGGAAUAAGUACAAAGGCAGUGAAAGGGUCAGACGGUGCAACUUCAAUCCCUUCGAAGGGACUUUGAAACUCUGGAAAUGAAGGAGGACGAGUCUGUUAAUGACUAUUUUGGCCGAGUCAUGGUUGUCUCCAACUCCAUGAGAAACAAUGGAGAAAACAUGUCUGAUGUCAAAAUAGUGGAAAAGAUUCUCAGAACUCUUACUGAAAGGUUCAACUAUGUAGUUUGCUCUAUUGAAGAAUCAAAAGACAUAGAUACCUUGACUGUUGAUGCAUUACAGAGCUCCCUACUGGUCCAUGAGCAAAGAUUAAGCAGACGGAGAAGAGAGGAAGACCAGGCUUUGAAGAUAGCUUUUGAUGAUGGAAACAGGAGGGCUCAGGGGCAUGGUAGUUGUCUAGGAAGAGGUAGACAUCAUGACAGAUCUUGGAAUAGAAAGACUAUUGAAUGUUUCAUAUGCCACAAGGUAGGGCACUUUAGAUAUGAGUGCCUUGAGCAGAACCAGCAAGCUCACUAUGCAAAUGGCUAUGCUGGAGGACAAGCUGACAUGAAAGAAAACGUGUUGCUUAUGGCUGAAAUUGAUUUGGAAGAGGAGGAAAUACAUGUUUUACCUAAACGUGAUGAGCAGUUGCAUGUAGGCUUUGAGGACUUAUUUGGAGUCUAGAGGAGAAUCUAUGACUUUAUGGCUUCUAGAUUCUGGGUGUAGCAAUCACUUGAGUGGUGAUAAGGAGGGAUUUUCUACUAUUGAUAGUGCAUUUACCUGUUUUUUAAAAAUGGGAAAUGGUACAAGAUUAGAGGUUCAAGGCAAAGGAACUGUGAAAAUCAAAGUAGAUCAAGUUCCACUGGUCAUCCAAGAUGUGCUCUAUGUUCCUGGUUUGACGAUGAAUCUGUUAAGCAUUGGUCAAAUGCAGAAAAAGGGUUUAUGUUUUCUUAUCAAACAUGAGAUUUUCAAAAUAUUUCAUGAUGUAAAAGGCUUCUUGUUUCAAACAAGAAUGAAGACUAACAAUAUGUUUGUAUUGAAUUCAACCCCCUAUUGUAAUGUUGCUGCAGCAAAGGUGGAACCUCAGUGGUUACAGACUAUUAGAGUUGAGGAAGGAGUCUUAAAUCUGAAGUACAGGGGAUUUGAUCAUCUUAAUCAUACAAGUUUGAUGAAAAAGAAGAGAAGUGGUACAGUGAAGUGUAUCCCCAAUCCUAAAGGGUUUGUUGAAGUUCAUUCAACUUGCAUAGUUGAAGAGCAGCAUAGAAAAUCAGUUCCUAAGAAAAGUCAAUGGAGAGC